CCACCCACCUUUCCUUCUCCGGUGGCUCGGGACCCAGGAAGAACCAUGAAGUGGCUGCUGCUGUUCAGCUUGGUGGCACUCUCUGAGUGCAUCAUCAAGGUCCCCCUCGUCAGAAAGAAGUCAUUGAGAGAGAACCUGAGCGAGCAUGGCCUGCUGAAGGACUUCCUAGAGAAGCAUAACCUCAACCCAGCCAGCAAGUACUUCCCCAAGGAGGCGGCCACCAUGCUGUCCACCCAGCCCCUGGUGAACUACAUGGAUAUGGAGUACUUCGGCACCAUUGGCAUCGGAACACCCCCCCAGGAUUUCACCGUCAUCUUUGACACCGGAUCCUCCAACCUGUGGGUGCCCUCAGUCUACUGCUCCAGCCCUGCCUGCUCCAAUCACAAUCGCUUCAACCCUCAGGAGUCCUCCACUUACCAGGCCACCAGCCAAACAGUCUCCAUCGCCUAUGGCACCGGCAGCAUGACAGGCAUCCUUGGCUAUGACACCGUCCAGGUUGGAGGCAUCGCUGACACCAACCAGAUCUUUGGCCUGAGCGAAACAGAGCCUGGCUCCUUUCUGUACUACUCUCCCUUUGAUGGCAUCCUGGGUCUGGCCUACCCCAACAUUGCUUCCUCUGGGGCCACACCUGUCUUUGACAACAUGUGGAACCAGGGCCUGGUGUCCCAGGACCUCUUCUCCGUCUACCUGAGUUCCGAUGACCAGAGUGGCAGCGUGGUGAUGUUUGGUGGCAUCGAUUCUUCUUACUACACUGGAAACCUCAACUGGAUCCCCCUUUCUUCUGAGGGUUACUGGCAGAUCACUGUGGACAGCAUCACCAUGAAUGGAGAGUACAUCGCUUGUAGCGAGAGCUGUCAGGCCAUUGUUGACACUGGCACCUCUCUGCUGUCUGGCCCAACCAAUGCCAUUGCCAACAUCCAGAGCUACAUCGGAGCCAGCGAGAACACAAAUGGCCAGAUGGCGAUCAGCUGCUCAGCCAUCAACAACCUUCCCGACAUUGUCUUCACCAUCAACGGUAUCCAGUAUCCUCUGCCCCCUAGUGCCUACAUCCUGCAGGUAAGGGGGGCUGCGUCAGUGGCUUCCAGGGCAUGAACAUCCCCACCUCCACCGGGGAGCUCUGGAUCCUGGGUGAUGUCUUCAUCCGUCAGUACUUUGCCGUCUUCGACAGGGCCAACAAUCAGGUCGGCCUGGCCCCCGUAGCUUAAGCAGGAGUCCUUCCAGCCACCUCCCAGGAAGCUCUGGCCUCAAUUCUGUGCCCACUGUAGUUGUAUGUCAUUGUCCCGGGUGUCUUCCAAUGGAACUGUGGAGUCUUGGCCCCAUUCCCUACCAUGCCAAUAAUGUAGAAUAAAAAGAUAAC